AUCAUCAAGAGAAAUUACCACGCGCCAGAUCGACACGCGAUCUUUUAUUUGUUAUUAUUUCGCAUCGGAGAUUGCAUCAUUCUCCAAUUCAGUAAAGAAAUUUUCAUUGCACAAGAAUCACUGACAAGAUAAUAAGUGAAUUUUAUUGUUAUUCAAAUAAAACAUUUCAAAAAAUAAUAAAAUUAAUAUAGUGUACUUUAAAAAAUUUUUUUUUUUAAUUGAACAAUUUUUAUCAACGUCAACGUGAAUCAUCUUUUUGUACUUCAUUACAAGUUCAUACGUCCAAUAACUGGACUUUAUUUGAAACGUCAAUUUUCCUUCCUGAAAAUUUUUAUAUUGGAGUGAUAUUCAAAAAAAUUUAUCGAUAAGUAAUAAAUAUAUCGAGCAAUCAAAUAAAUAAAGAUGGCACCCAAGAAUAAGGAGAACACGAGCAACCGCAGAAAAAAAGGAAGCGAUGAUGAUGACGAUGUUGAUUACCGCCGACGACGUGAUAGAAAUAAUCAGGCAGUUAAAAGAUCACGAGUAAAAAGUAAAUUAAGAACACAGCAGACCUUAGAACGUGUCAAUCAAUUAAAAACAGAGAACGAAUUGUUGGAAGAAAAAAUAAAAAUGCUGAGCAAAGAAUUGGGUUUUUUGAAAGAUUUAUUUUUAGCUCAUGCAGGCACCAAUUCAAAUCCCGCAAUAAAUCUUCAAGAUAUAGACAUAAAUGCAAUUUUAGCAAAUGAUUCAGAAUCUGAUUUCAAAAGUAAUACGAAGGUUGAUACGUAAUUUUUACGACAUUAAUUAUUAAUGAAAGAGCGUGAAAAUAAUUGAGUCUAUCUGCGAAUCAUGUUAUUUUAUGAUGAUGAUGAUGAUGAUUCCGGUUAGAGAUAUAACUGUCUUUGUGCGGCAAGUUGUGCAUCUUGAAACGAUGCCAAUUUUGGUGAUUGAGUUUGGCAUGGCGUGCACUAAAUUUUCAUUACACUCAAUUUGAUAAAUCAACAACAACAACAACAAAUAAUAUAUUUUUUGAAAAUAAACAAAUAUAAUAUUCAAACUUCCGCACGCUAAAACUACUUUAUCAGUACUUACUAUACACAUAUUUAUUAAAACAUGUGAGAUUACAUUUGCCAUUAGUGUCCAGGUGGAAUUUUAUUAGACAUUAGAAAAUCUUAAAUAUUAUACAAACAUCUUUAAAUAUUUUAAUUAAUGUACAUUGUAUAUUACAUAAGUAAACAUAGUUUAUUAUAAAUAAAUAUAUUUUUUAAAUA